AUGGAGGACAGAAAUGCUAACAUAAUCGCCGCCUGUGUCGCUGCUAUCCUCGCCAUCAUCGUUUUCUACUUCAUCAGGCGCCGUUUUCAAAGCAGGAGGCGGAAUCUGGAGACUAUAAUUGCUUCCGAAGGUAAAGAGCUGCGAAUCGAGUAUAGUUUUCUCCGGAAGGUAGCCGGACUUCCGACGAAAUUCCGGUCAAAGGAGCUUGAAGAAGCCACCGACAACUGGAAGUCGAUGAUCGGACAAGGAGCUUCGGGAUCUGUUUUCAAAGGAAGCUUAAAGGAUGGUACGGCUGUUGCGGUGAAGAGGAUCCAACAUGGAGAGGAAAGAGGGGGAAAUGAAUUCAGAUCUGAAAUUUCCGCCAUAGCUAGCGUACAACACGUAAACCUUGUACGCCUCUUUGGGUACUGCAUUCAGAGUAACAAUCUCCAUUUUCUCGUAUACGAUUUCAUUCCAAAUGGCGCCUUAUCGAACUGGAUAUUCCCACGCCCUUCCUCCGCCGUGAUUAACAACAAUUGUGGCGGAUGCUUGUCGUGGCAGCAGCGACUGAAAGUCGCAACCGACGUAGCAAAAGCCCUAUCCUACCUACAUCACGAUUGCCGGUCGAAAGUCCUCCACCUCGACGUCAAGCCGGAGAACAUCCUCCUUGACAAAAACUACAACGCGAUCGUCUCCGACUUCGGAAUAUCAAAGCUCAUGAAUCCAGACGACAGUAGAGUCGUAGCAUCAAUGAGAGGUACAAGAGGUUACAUAGCUCCGGAAUGGUUGCUCGGCCUAGGAAUCUCGGAGAAAUCAGACGUGUUCAGCUACGGUAUAGUUUUACUAGAGCUCAUCGGCGGGAGGAGGAGCGUGAGGUCGAUUGACGUCGUCGACGGUAACGGAUCAAAGAGGAAGUUUGAGUAUUUUCCGAAGAUCGUAACGGAGAAAUUAAAAGCCGGAAAGAUCAUGGAGGUGGUGGAUCAACGGUUGUUAGAUCUCGGCGACAUUGAUGAAAACGAAGUAAGAAAAAUGGUGCACGUAGCGUUAUGGUGCAUACAACACAAGGCGAGACGGAGGCCGAGCAUGGUGCAAGUGGUGAAAUGGUUGGAAGGGCUGGCGGCGGUGGAGCAGCCACCGGAGACUACGAUGAUGGUGGUUGACCUACUUGCUAUAGGGAACGAUGAACAUGGUGAGGAAGGGGGAUGGCAGAAUCGUAAUAAAAGAAGAAAGCCAGGGGUUGUUGCUAGAGUAGCUUCACAAAUAACUGGCUGCCUGCCCUUGGCACCAAAUUCAACAACGUCGGCUUACAGGUCAAAAUCGUUCACCUAUACAAUGUCUAUAAUUACUCCUAGAUAG